AUGAAGGGCUUAUAUGAGGACCGCCCCGUCCGCGUGGAGGGCUUGUCCCGUCGCUUAUCUAACAGUAAAAGAGUUGCAAUCGUGAGCGCCAUGGCCGUCCUUAGCGUGCUCCUUCCCAUUGCCUUCCUUCUCUCGAGUGUUGCCGGUACUCCGGUGACCAGCCCGAGACAACAGUCGUGCAAUACUGUCGACGAAGGCUACCAGUGCUUCGCCGGGGUCUCUCACCUGUGGGGCCAGUAUUCGCCGUACUUCUCGGUCGACGACGAGUCUUCGCUCUCCGAAGACGUUCCGGACCACUGCCAGGUUACCUUCGCCCAAGUGCUCUCCCGUCACGGCGCGCGGUAUCCAACGGAGAGCAAGUCCGAGAAGUACGCCAAGCUCAUCAAGGCCAUCCAGCACAAUGCUACCUCGUUCACCGGGAAGUAUGCCUUCCUGAAAUCCUACAACUACUCCCUCGGCGCAGAUGACCUUACGGCUUUUGGAGAGAACCAGUUGGUGGAUUCGGGUAUCAAGUUCUACCAGCGCUAUGAGGAGCUCGCCAAGAAUGCCGUUCCUUUCAUUCGGGCAUCGGGCUCGGAUCGGGUAAUCGCAUCCGGCGAGAAAUUCAUCGAGGGCUUCCAGAAGGCGAAGCUUGGUAAAUCUAAGACCAGGAGGGAUCAGCCCGCUCCUAUUGUCAACGUGGUUAUUCCCGAAACCGACGGAUUCAACAACACGUUGGACCACAGUGUCUGCACCGCCUUCGAGAACAGCAAGGUAGGGGAUGAAGCGGAGGACAAGUUCACGGAGGUUCUUACGCCCUCGAUUGUUGAGCGUCUGGAGAAGGACCUCCCCGGAACCAAGCUCUCGAGCAAAGAGGUGGUUUAUCUUAUGGACAUGUGCUCAUAUGACACCGUCGCCUUGACCCGUGACGGCAGUCGGAUUUCCCCCUUCUGCGCUUUGUUCACCCAGGAAGAAUGGGUGCAAUAUGACUACCUGCAGUCGGUCAAGAAGUACUACGGCUACGGCGCAGGAAACCCUCUUGGGCCUGCGCAGGGUAUCGGCUUCGCGAAUGAGCUGAUCGCUCGCCUGACCCAGUCCCCGGUUAAGGAUCACACCAGCACCAACACGACGCUGGACUCGAAUCCCGCCACAUUCCCGCUAAAUGCUACACUCUAUGCGGACUUCUCCCACGACAACACGAUGACCUCCGUUUUCUUCGCGCUUGGUCUGUACAACAAAACUGAGCCUCUCUCUCAGACGUCGGUGCAGUCCACUGAGGAGACGAACGGGUAUUCAUCCGCCUGGACCGUUCCUUUCGGGGCCCGGGCCUACUUCGAGAUGAUGCAGUGCAAGGAUGAGAAGGAGCCUCUCGUCCGCGUACUGGUCAACGAUCGGGUCAUUCCGUUGCAGGGCUGUGACGCCGACAAGCAUGGCCGGUGCAAACGGGACGACUUCAUCGCGGGGCUGAGCUUCGUUACAUCCGGUGGAAACUGGGAAGAGUGCUUUGCUUAA